AUGGAGUGGACCGAAGAGAUUGUGCUGCAAUUAAUCGAAAAUUAUCGAAAACAUAAAAUAUUGUGGGAUCCUCAGCAUCCCAAGUAUUAUCAUAAAAUUAAAAAAAGUGAUGCGUGGGAUAAAAUAGCACAAGAGCUAAGCAUCAUAAGAGAUGAGUGCAAGAAAAAAAUGAAUGCAUUGCUAUCAGCACUCAGGCGCGAAAAAGCAAAAAUCAAAAAAAGCCACGGCACAGGAAAAGGGCGUUCGGAUGUGUACGAGAGUAGUUGGUUUGCUUUCAACAGUUUACUGUUUCUCUGGGACAAAAACAAAGUUUGUGAUACACGCAGUACUAUUGAAAAAGAAUCAGACGAAUGCAGUGAUGUAGACAAUGACACUAUCGAUAACCUAGAUGCAAUAGACGCCAGUCAGGAAGAUGACGAGGCUGUGAGGACUCCGCUGCCUGCCGAUAGUAUUAAUAACCAAGCGCUUGUUACACCUCUGAUACAACGGUGUGCAACCCGAAAAAGAAAGUGUGCAGUUGACCAAAGUUGGAUGCAGCUUUUGCAAUACUGUUAA